AUGUCUAAGCAAAAUGUGGUGGUGAUGAUACUUACAAUAAGUGUAAUGGGUGCUGCUAUGCCAUUAACUCAAAGCAUCAAAUUCAAAGCAGAGAAUUGGGGUUCAAGUGUUAAAGCAGAGAAUAAGGAGACGGUGACGAACCUGCAGUUCUAUUUCCAUGACACGCUGAGUGGGCAAAACCCAAGUGCUGUUCGGGUGGCUCAACCCGUCGACAAAAACAAGUCAUUUCCCACCUUAUUCGGGGCAAUCAUGAUGGCGGAUGACCCGUUGACAGAGACUCAUGACCCGAAGUCGAAGAUAGUGGGCCGGGCCCAGGGGAUGUAUGGGUCGGCCUGUCAGCAGGAGGUUGGGCUUCUCAUGUCCAUGAGCUACUCCUUCACAGACGGCCCAUACAAUGGAAGCUCCUUUGUUAUUGUCGGAAAGAACUCCGCAAUGAACCCGGUCCGUGAGAUGCCCAUUGUGGGUGGUACUGGCCUCUUCCGCAUGGCACGUGGCUAUGCCAUCGCCAAGACUUAUUGGUUCGAUCCCACCACCGGUGAUGCUAUUGUUGGCUACAACGUCACCCUCGUUCAUUAA